AUGGCGAAAUCCUCGCGGCGAUCCGGUCGCAGCAAAACACCAACAUCCUCUGGCGCCUCAACACCCAACUCCGCAUCCUCAGGUCCCAUCCCACCAUUCACAAAAGUCCCAGAAGCCUUGAAACCCUUCGUCGAACCGUUAUCCCCCAACGAAGUAUAUCUGGUCCACAUCGAUACCACAGCAGAAGAACUGAAACGGCAGACCUUUACUGUGCCCUUGAUCGUCAACCUGAUAGUCGGUGCCGUGAUCGGGUGGCGCGUGUACAUGGGCAUCAGCACAUACCCAGCCCUCGUGGCAACGCUGAUCGGACUACAAAGCUCUAUGACCGUGGACACGGCCGCAACCCCGUGGACAGAAGCGGCGCAAAUUGUUAUUAUGCGGACUGGAACUUUGGCUCUCGACUACUUGCUCGUGACCAUGUUCCUGUCAUGGCCAAUUAAUUUUAUCAAGGGGCCCGUGCGCUGGCGCCGCGCGGUCGGAUUCCGUGAGCGUGAGGUCAUCGUCCGUCGCAGCCACCGCAGCUGGAGCAAGAACCUCGAGCGCAACAAGUGGAUCCGUGAAGAUGAGGCGCGCCGUGACAAGAUCGUUGCCGCCGUCACUCCUGAGCGCGUUGGCAAGACUGGGUACUUGCUCGUUGAUGAGGAUUGGAACCUUGACUAUGCUGCCAUGAUCCGCGCUCACGCUCUCGUUGAUCGUACUCGUCGGGGUGACGGUGUGCAGCUUGACGAGUUCCGCACUGCGGUGCUGGUCAACACUGAUGCUGAUGGGUGGUUGAUCUGGCGGGUUGGGGACGAGAAUACCCCCGCCGGCCAGACACGCUCCGUUCAGCGGGACCAGAUUCUCGCAUUCAAGGAGAAAUUGACCGAAAUGGGCAAGGAGGAUCUCUUUCUCCGCUGGGUUGAGUUAAUCCAAUGGGAGAGCUCACAGCCCGGUGGCUUCACUGCGGAGCGGCAGCGGUCUGCGAUGUUGCAAGCAAAGCAGAUGUUCGAAGAUGAAAACGUGGACUUCAGUCGUUUCUGGGACGACAUGGGUGGCAUGGAACAAUUAGAUUAA